AUGAGUACCAAACAAGAAAUGGAAGUCUCAUCUACUGUCCACAAUUCCAUCUCCUGGAUUAACUGGUGUCGACUUUGUGCCAAACCAGGAGAAGAUAAUCAAAGCAUUUUUGCCAAGUCUGAUACGGGACAAACUUCUCUGUUGGCUACAUCUAUAGGGAAAUACUUCUGGGUUAAUAUUAAGGCCGAAGACGAAAUAUCGACAAGUUUAUGUAAAGAGUGUCGGAAGUUAAUAGAUGAUCUGAGCAGUUUCACAGACCGUGUCAAUAAAGUUCAAACUCUUUAUUGUUUACUACAAAACCUAAAACCUACUGCAGAUGCUGAUGCUAAUAAACUAAGAUUGCAAGUCGGCUUACGAGAUGGUUGGGAGCACAUAAUAAAAGACCAACCAAUUGCGAUUAAACCCAGUUGUUCUCAUCAGGAAGUUCAAACAGAUCUAGUUAUUUUCUUUAAUACUAGUAGUAGCUCGGAAGUUCGGGAAAUGUCUUUGGAUGGCAUUCGAAAGAAUAGUGAAAAGCUUCCCAUGAGUGACGAAAAGCCAGUUCAUGGUAAAAAUAAUAUUGAUCCUAUAGAAAAUGCUGUUGAAAAAACUGGACAGUCUAUUAAAAAUAUUAAUCAUAAACCGAGUAUGAAAGAUGUGAUAACAUCCAAAAGGAAGUCGACGCAGCACAAUAGGAAUGUCUCCGAAAGUAUUAAUAGUAAUGAAGUUAUUAUUGAAGUGGACACUGAACAGGAGGUUGAACAAAACUUUGAAUAUCUUAUACAAAAUAAUGAUGACCUAAUUGAGGUGGACGAAGGUCAGUUCCGAUAUAAAAUUAUUAAAAACAAAACUAUUGCCAGCCAAGAGGAUGAACAUGAGGUAGAGGACAGCGAUUUAUUUAAAGAGCUAAAAUUUAAAUCGGACGAAAAUGGAGAAUAUGUGGAAAAGACUUUGGAAGAUGUACCUAAUGAGAGCAGUAUAAAAUACAGUAAUGUACAAUUAGAAGAAGAUGAUAGCCAGUCCGAAGAAAUGGAGGAAGAUUAUGUGGUUAUGGAAGAGGAAGAAGAUUAUGAGGAGGAGUAUGGAGAAAUGACUGAAACGUCGACAAAAGGCGAGGAUGAACCUUCUACCAAGAAUGCAUUUGAAUUAAUAAUGUCACAAAAGAAAGCAGGCAGACCCCACAAAAAAUCGGGACAAAGGACAUCAUCUGUAUAUCGCUACGAGUGCGAUGAAUGUAAGCGAAAAUAUAAAAAUCCAAAUGUGUACCGGAAACACAUGCGGUGUGCACAUAAUGUGAUCAUAGAAAGCAUGCCCGACUUCGAAUGCCCGGUAUGUAAAAAAGAUUGCUCCACAGAAAGUCGUCUCAAGCUGCACAUGAGACAGCAUUUACCCGAAGAAGAAAAAUUAGUAAUUCCCUGCCCAUAUUGUGAUCGUAAGUUUGGACAAGUCGGCGCUAUGCGGCAGCAUGUAAAAGGAAUACAUCAAGAACUAAAACCUUACAUUUGCGAUCAGUGUGGUCGUGCUUGUAAAACGUUGGCCGCGCUCAACGAGCACCAAUUGGUGCAUACCGAUGAGUGUCCCUUUGAGUGUAAUGUGUGUAAAAAGCGUUUCAAAAACAAACCCAGGCUAAAGGCUCAUAUGGAUACGCACAACGAGUCUGCCUACCAAUGCCAAGACUGUGGGUUGACACUAAAUACAAAAAGGACAUUGUUACAGCAUCGUUUGGUUCACAGUAAUGUUAAACGAUUCCAGUGUGAAUUCUGCGACGCUGCAUUCAAAAGAUCUAAAUCUCUUAAAAAUCAUUUAAUAAUUCACUCGGGUUUAAAGCCAUACAAAUGCCAAUUUUGUGACAGAACGUUCUCCAAUGGUGCCAACUGUAGAUCUCAUAAGAGGAGAGUACAUCCAAAAGAGUUGGCAGAGGAAGAAGCUAGGGGCAAAAAAAAUGACCCAGUCCCCAUACCCAAACUGGAGGACCUAAAAGCAGCUAAAACCGCUGUUGCCCAGCCUAGAAAGAUAAAACGUCAAAACUUUUCCCGAAGUCUUCCCAAGGUUAUAAACCAACACAACAGAUCUGGAGAUGAUACCGAUGACACUGCUAUGGAUACAUAUGAAAUGUCUGACAUACAUUACGAAAUAAAGGGUCAAAUGUGUAAUGAAGGGAUGGUUGACAACCAAGAUGAUGAUGAGGAAUGUGAAGAAACAGUCAUAUAUGAAAUUAUAGAUGAAAUAUAA